AUGUUCAGUGCGCUGGAGUGCGGUGCCGGCGUCUGUUCAACACACUCUAUAAAAAGUGUAAUUUUAUUACAUAAUAGUGUAUUUUAAUAACAAAAGAUGGCGUUCAAAUCGAGUAUAGGGCUAGUCUUCCUCGGGUGCCUAGUUGUACUAGCGUCAUCAGCUCUACCAAAGACAAACCGCAAGCCGGCCAACGCGCCGUCGCGCGCGCAAGCAGAAGCCGACCGCGACGCCGAGAUCACCAACUCUUGCCCCGACGACGGGUUCUUCGCCGACGCCGAGCAGUGCGACAAGUACUAUGAAUGCAGGCAGGGUGAGAUCAUCGAGAAGCUGUGCCCGGACGGCAUGGUGUUUAACGACUACAAUCCAGAUGACGAGAAAUGCGACCUGCCGUUCAACUUGGACUGCUCUCAGAGGCCUAAACUACAGGAGCCCAAACCCACCCUCCACUGCCCACGCCUCAACGGCUACUUCUCCCACGAGGACCCGAAGGAAUGCGGCAAGUUCUACUACUGUGUGGACGGCAAGUUCAACAUGAUCACGUGCCCCGAUGGGCUCGUCUACAACGAGAAGACCGGCAUCUGCACCUGGCCUGAUGAGGCCAAGAAGAAGGGAUGUGGUGCUGCUGAGGUGUUCCAAUUCGACUGCCCGCCCGUGAACGAAACCUUCGGCCUCACCCACCCCCGUUACGCCGAUCCUGACGACUGCCAAUUCUUCUACGUCUGCAUCAAUGGAAACACGCCCCGUCGGUCCGGCUGCAAGCUCGGCCAGGCCUUCGACGAUGUCAGCAAAAAGUGCGAGUGGGCAAGGAAGGUCCCUGAAUGCGCUGACUGGUACAAAGGCCAGCUGACCGACGCCGAGCUGGACGCCCUGGAGAACCCCCCCACCCUGAAGCCGAAGCCCUCCAGCUCACAGCCGAGCCGCCGCAAGCCCCAGCGCCCCGGCAAGGGCAAGGCGGUUGAGGAAUGAGCGUUAGACCAAUAAACGGGUUAAGUUUUAAGUA